GGGCCCUCCUGGCACCCCGGACACUGCCGGGACACGUAGAAUUAGUGUUUGUGGGGGAGUGAUGGGAGGCGAGUCGAGGCCAGGGUGGGAAGGGGGCAAGUCCUGCCUGGGAAACUAGCAGGAGGUGCCCCUGUGAGAGGCUGCUGCUGCAGGAGCCGUGGGCCCCUCGCCACCAGCAGAACACACAUCCCUGUGGAGGCUGCGUCAGGGGGCCGCCCUACACCAGUUUAUCAAAGAAAAGUGGCUCAACAGUGGCCGAUAAGAUGAAGAAAUGUGUUUGCGUGGUUCACCAGUAUCUGUGCAGCGUCGUCAUUUACUGCUUCCUCAGUUAGUAAUUAUAUCGAUUUGCUCUUCAAAAAAGCAUCAGACCAGACAAGUGGGACAAUUCUAUCAUUCAAGGUGGCAUGGAGAGAUAACCAUGUCCUAUGGGAUUGAGGGCUAUCAAGUUACAUGGAGUGACAACCCAGGACGAAAGCCAUCUAGGGGGCCACUGAUGGGGGGACGUUGCGAGAGCUUCUCACCCCUUAAUUCACUGCGGCGGAUGGCCCCCGUCGUUAUUCUCUCAUCAUUGCUUGUAUGCCUCGUUCUCUACUACACCUUCCCGAUGGGAGAUGCUGCAGUAUAUGCUCCAUCAGCAGCAUCUGAGACAACUGGGCUUGAUUCCGUCACAACAGAGGCUUACCGCAAACGACUCCGUAUUCGAGGUACCCAGCGUAGGCUGCCUCAAGCUCUGAUCAUUGGUGUGCGUAAAUGUGGUACUCGAGCCCUCAUUGAAAUGCUCAAUUUACAUCCCCAUGUACAGAAGAAUGGAAUUGAGAUGCAUUUCUUUGAUGAUGAUGAACGUUAUGCAAAUGGCUUAGAGUGGUAUAGGAAAAGGAUGCCAUAUUCUUUUGAUAACCAGGUUACAAUAGAGAAGACCCCAUCAUACUUCAUAUCUCGCGAGGCACCGGCAAGAAUACGGGCCAUGAAUGAGACUAUCAAACUGUUGUUGAUCGUCCGCGAGCCAGCGAUGCGGGUUCUUUCUGACUAUGCUCAAAUAAUGGAAGCCAAAAUGCGUAAAGGAAAGCAAGUGGCCCCAUUUCACAAGAAAGUGCUGACACCAGAUGGUGAAAUUAAUGAUGGAUUCAAAGCAAUACAAAUAAGCCAGUAUGCUGUGCAUGUCUUACGAUGGUUGAGAGAAUUUCCUCGUGAGCAAAUACAUAUCAUAGAUGGUGAUAAUCUUGUAUCUGAUCCAUUUACUGAAAUUGAUAAGGUGCAACAGUUCUUAAGACUUCCUCUCCAUAUAAAGCCUGAUAAUUUCUACUUCAAUGAGACUAAAGGUUUUUAUUGUAUGAGAAAUGAAACCUUCCAAAAAUGUUUAACAGAUGCCAAGGGUCGACCACAUCCGUAUGUUGAUCCUGCAGUAAUGUCUCGUUUACGUCUUCCUCCAAGCUUCUGUCCUUCAUGCUGGAUGAAGAAGCCAUAGUUGAGUCAGGAUAAUGAUUCUCAAUGGGCAGAACUGACUCUGAAAUACUGUACUGUGAAAAACCAAAAACUCUUUCGUGUUUAUAUAUAUGUUGCAGUGAGCUGCCAUGUAUUUUAUCAUUCAGUUAUAUUGUGUGGAGAUAAUCAAAGAGAUUGACUUUUGCUUGAAAGGUUUAUAUUCCAAAUACGAUAUGUAAUUAUAGGAAGAUUAGUUUUAAUGGUGUGAAAGUGAGCCAACAGCUUCCUAUAUGCCAAACAUGUUAGCAAGUAAAUGUACAUAUCAUUGUUACCUCUACCUCUUGAGUUUUGUCGGUUGUGUUCCUGUAGUCCCUAUUGCUGUAGUGGUUAAUAACUGUAAGGAAGCUGCUUUAUAUCAAACUUUAUUUUACAUUUUUGGUGUCAAGUAACAAGGUUACAAAAAGUGGACUAGUCAUUACAUAUAAUGUUUAUCACAUACCCAAUGUAACUGACAAUCUGAAAUAUGCAUUUUGUACUGUUUUUUAUAUUGUGUGCAUAUCUUAUUAUACUGUUUCUUUCAUAUUUUUAUAUAUUAAGGGUUUGCUAAUUUUAAAUUUAUUACAAUUCACAUAGUGAAAGUGGGAAUACUGUAUUUUACUGUUAGUGUUCAAAUUCUAUUACUUGGGACACUGUCAUAUAUUUGUUUUUGAUGUUAACAAGACUUCAGAGUAUAUUCUGAUAACACAGUCAAGUCUAAUGGGCAUUUUCAAUAUUAUUAUAGUAUUUUGAAAUUGUAAUACUGUAUAAAUUCAUAUGGGCAAUAGAUCAGAUGGCCCCCCUCUCUUAUUUCAGGGUUGCUGUUUGUUCCUUAAUAUUCCUGGCCUCAUAUCUGAGCUCCUAGUUCUCAUAUCCCAGCUCCUUGUACCCAUAACCCAGCUCCUUGUUCUCAUUCCUCAGCUCUUUGUACUCAUAACCCAGCUCCUUGUCCUCAUAUCCCAGCUCCUUGUUCCCAUAACCCAGCUCCUUGUCCUCAUAUCCCAGCUCCUUGUCCUCAUAUCCCAGCUCCUUGUUCCCAUACUCCAGCUCUUUGUACCCAUACCCCAGCUCCUUGUACCCAUAACCAGCUCCUUGUACCCAUAACCCAGCUCCUUGUACCCAUAACCCAGCUCCUUGUCCUCAUACCCCAACUGCUUGUUGCUGUACCCCAUAUUCUUGUCCCCAUAUUCCUUCCAAAUGCUGUACAGUAUAGUCAUACCAUGUUAGCGCUUUCUCCUAUGAAUCGCCUUAGAUUACCCAGGGACAUAAAGUAAUUGACUACACUUUGAGUACACUAAGACUGUAGUGCCAAUUUGUGGUCUGUUCAACUAUCUCUACUUUAACCUUUAUAUUUCCUGUUCGUUGUCUUCCCCUCCGCCCAUAUAUGUCUUUACGGUUCCAUGUUUCUACCCUCAUACUUUCUCACUUGUUUGUGCUUGCUUGUUUCCUGAUGCAAGCAAGUAGUGAUGUUCCCCUUUAUGAGAGCAAGAACACUAUGAAGAAUUCUUUGAUGUUAAUGAGCAACACUUGAAUGCAUUACAAAUAUCUAGUGGAAGACUCUACAUACGCAAACAAUACAGUGAUGAGGAGCUCUUAUGGAGGAGCAAAGAUAUAGAUAAUAGUGAUUCAUAGGACUGUAUUGUGUAUUAGGAAUGUCAGUUGCACUUUACUGUGUUAUUGAGUAACAGCAACAUGGAUAUUGUGUUCCAAUAGACAAUGCUAUACAGCUAUACUGGAUAAGCAUUGACUUUUGAUAAUUACUUACUAGAUAAUACCAAUUGAAAGCUUCGACAGUCUCCAUCUCGACUCCUACUCGAAGUGAGAGAAAUAAAAGUCGAUUAUGAUUCAGUGUGGAGAAUAGCUACGUCAAAGUUGCUUGCCACAUUACUUAACCAUUUAGAAAAGUUUCUUUAGAAAUUAUUAUUGAUUAGAUAAUAAAGUUAUUCUUUUAUUAAUGUGAUGUUUAUGAAAGCUUUAAUGUUACACAGUGAAGCAUCUUUAAAUCUAACUUUGAUUAAUCAAAAACUCCCUUAUAAAAAGUCCCAUUUACAAACUUUAAUUCUGUAUGUGCAAUAAUAAUAUUUAACAUAUAGUAUUGCUCAUUGGUACAGUAUUGUAUUCCAUAGGAUCUCAGUUCAUACAACAAUUUAUUACGUUGAAAGGAUUAUGAUCCAGCUAUAAUUUAUACAGUACAAUGGAUAAGGGGUCUGGGUCUGGGUCUAAUCUCAAUUGUAGUAAUUAGAAUUUGCAGUAUAGAUAAAUUAAGCUUUGUUUUAAUAUAUAUAUAUAUAUAUAUAUAUAU